GGAGGAGGAGGAGGAGGAGAGUGAGGAGCUUGAGGAGGCCGAGGAGGCCCGGGAAGGCGGCGCAGCCCAGCAGCCGGCCUCCGACUACCAGAUUUUGCCCUCUGAGGAGACAGUCGUUGCCGCAGGAAUUGUCAUCAUGGGAAAUCAGCUAGCUGGCAUCGCCCCCUCCCAGAUCCUUUCGGUGGACAGUUACUUUUCGGACAUCCACGACUUUGAAUAUGACAAGAGCCUGGGAAGUACUCGUUUUUUUAAAGUUGCUCGGGCCAAGCACCGAGAAGGCUUUGUGGUUGUGAAGGUCUUUGCCAUUCAGGAUCCGACCCUACCUUUAACGAGCUACAAACAAGAGCUGGAGGAGCUGAAGAUACGGCUUCAUUCGGCCCAGAACUGCCUGCCCUUUCAGAAGGCCACUAUGACGGAAAAGGCGGCCAUGCUCUUCAGACAGUACGUGCGAGACAAUCUCUACGACCGAAUCAGCACCCGUCCGUUCUUAAACAACAUCGAGAAGCGGUGGAUCGCGUUCCAGAUCCUGACCGCGGUGGAUCAAGCGCACAGAUCGGGGGUCCGUCACGGGGACAUCAAGACUGAAAAUGUCAUGGUCACCAGUUGGAAUUGGGUCCUCCUCACCGACUUUGCCAGUUUUAAGCCAACUUAUCUUCCGGAGGACAACCCGGCGGACUUCAACUACUUCUUUGACACUUCACGGAGGAGGACUUGUUAUAUCGCUCCCGAGCGCUUCGUCGACGGCGGCAUGUUUGCCACAGAGUUAGAAUCUAUGAGAGAUCCUUCAACCCCACUGGUAGAUUUGGCAAGCAGCAAUCAGAGAACGAGAGGAGAAUUGAAACGUGCGAUGGAUAUAUUUUCCGCAGGAUGUGUAAUUGCUGAGUUGUUUACAGAAGGUGUACCACUGUUUGACCUGUCACAGCUUUUGGCCUAUAGGAACGGACACUUUUCCCCCGACCAGGUACUGAAUAAAAUCGAAGAUCACAGCAUCAGAGAACUGGUCACUCAGAUGAUUCGCUGCGAACCAGAUAAACGUUUAGGGGCAGAAGAUUAUUUAAAGCAGCAACGUGGCAAGGCCUUUCCCGAAAUAUUUUACACUUUCCUUCAGCCUUAUAUGGCCCAGUUUGCCAAGGAAACGUUUAUCUCGGCGGAUGAGCGUAUUCUGGUCAUCCGGAAAGAUCUGGACAACAUCAUCCACAAUCUCUGUGGGCACGACCGCACCGAAAAAGCCGAGGGCGAGACCAAGGAGAAUGGGCUGGUCAUUUUGGUGUCCGUGAUAACUUCCUGUUUACAGACCCUCAAGUACUGUGAUUCGAAACUUGCCGCUCUGGAGCUCAUUCUUCAUUUGGCCCCCAGACUAAGUGUCGAAAUCUUGCUGGACCGCAUGACGCCCUACCUUCUGCAUUUCAGUAACGACUCUGUGCCCAGGGUGAGGGCAGAAGCCGUGAGGACACUGACCAAAGUUCUCGCCCUUGUCAAAGAAGUGCCACGGAACGAUGUCAAUAUUUAUCCGGAAUACAUUUUGCCGGGCAUCGCGCAUUUGGCUCAGGAUGAGGCCACGAUUGUCAGGCUCGCUUAUGCUGAAAAUAUAGCAUUGUUAGCAGAAACAGCUCUCAGAUUCCUGGAAUUGGUGCAACUGAAAAAUUUUAAUAUGGAAAAUGACCCAAAUAGUGAAGAAUUAGAUGAAGUAACACACCCAAGUGAAAAUUAUGACACAGAGCUCCAGGCCUUACAUGAGAUGGUUCAGCAGAAAGUUGUCACUUUAUUGAGCGACCCAGAAAACAUCGUGAAGCAGACACUAAUGGAAAAUGGAAUAACACGUCUCUGUGUGUUUUUUGGACGGCAGAAGGCAAACGAUGUACUGCUAUCCCAUAUGAUUACUUUUCUAAAUGAUAAAAAUGACUGGCAUCUCCGUGGAGCUUUUUUCGACAGCAUAGUUGGUGUCGCUGCCUACGUUGGCUGGCAGAGCUCAUCCAUCCUGAAGCCUCUGUUGCAGCAGGGCCUUAGUGAUGCUGAGGAAUUUGUUAUCUUCAAGGCUCUCAAUGCCCUUACCUGCAUGUGUCAGUUAGGGCUGUUGCAGAAACCCCAUAUCUAUGAAUUUGCCUGUGAUAUUGCACCCUUUCUAUGCCAUCCCAAUCUUUGGAUACGCUACGGUGCGGUAGGAUUCAUCACAGUGGUAGCUCAACAUCUAAAUAUUGCCGACGUCUACUGCAAACUAAUGCCCUUUCUUCAUCCUUUUAUAACUCAGCCAAUAAUACAGAUUGAUAAGGAAAUUGUUCUACUGAGUGUUCUUAAGGAGCCAGUAACCCGCUCCAUAUUUGAUUAUGCCUUGAGGUCCAAAGACAUCGCCAGUCUUUUCAGACACCUUCAGAUGCGUCAGAAGAAACGCAUUGGAACCGUUUCUGACUGCCCUCCUCCAGAGGAUCCUGCCAUUGCACAGUUGCUCAAGAAAUUGCUCUCACAGGGAAUGACAGAGGAGGAGGAAGACAAGCUGUUAGCUUUGAAAGACUUCAUGAUGAAAUCCAAUAAAGCGAAGGCCAAUAUUGUGGACCAGAGCCACCUUCACGAUACUCAAAAAGGUGUGAUCGACUUGGCCACUCUAGGCCUAACCGGAAGACAAGUUGACCUUGUUAAAACCAAGCAAGAGCCCGACGACAAAAGGGCUAGAAAACACGUAAAGCAAGAUUCAAAUGUGAAUGAAGAAUGGAAGAGUAUGUUUGGGUCAUUGGAACCAGCUACCAUUGCUCAGCCACUACCAAAAGGCCAUGGACCAACUAGUGAUCAAGAAGCAAUUCAGACAGGGAAAUCUUUUCGUUCCGAGUCGUCGGUUGGCGUGGGCAUUCCUCUGUCGUCAUCUCCUCAGGCCACUGAAAUAGCAGCUGUCCAGGCUCGGAAACCUCAGAUCCAAGUUUUGAGCAGUACCAUUUUGCCAUCCAGCUACCAAAUCCGCAUCACAACUUGUAAAACUGAACUUCAGCAGCUAGUGCAACAGAAGCGCGAGCAGUGCAACGCCGAGCGGAUAGCCAAGCAGAUGAUGGAGAAUGCAGAAUGGGAGAGCAAGCCACCCCCGCCGGGUUGGCGACCUAAAGGACUAUUGGUCGCACAUCUUCACGAACACAAAUCUGCGGUAAAUCGCAUCAGAGUCUCCGACGAACACUCCCUCUUUGCAACAUGCUCAAAUGAUGGGACUGUGAAAAUCUGGAACAGCCAAAAGAUGGAAGGCAAGACCACUACUACCAGGUCAAUCAUAACAUACUCUCGCAUCGGAGGACGUGUCAAGACGCUUACGUUUUGCCAAGGCUCCCAUUAUUUGGCCAUAGCUUCUGAUAAUGGAGCCGUUCAGCUCCUUGGGAUCGAGGCUUCCAAGUUACCUAAAUCUCCAAAGAUACAUCCGCUACAAAGCAGGCUUUUAGACCAGAAAGAGGAUGGGUGUGUUGUAGAUAUACAUCACUUCAAUUCUGGAGCGCAGUCAGUGCUGGCCUAUGCCACCGUGAAUGGUUCCUUAGUUGGUUGGGACCUCAGGUCUUCGAGUAACGCGUGGACGCUAAAGCACGAUUUGAAGUCAGGCCUCAUAACGUCAUUUGCCGUGGACAUCCACCAGUGCUGGCUGUGUAUUGGAACCAGCAAUGGUACUAUGGCCUGUUGGGACAUGAGGUUCCAGUUGCCGAUUUCCAGCCACUGCCAUCCUUCGCGGGCUCGGAUCAGACGCCUCCUGAUGCAUCCUCUCUAUCAGUCUUGGGUCAUCGCAGCUGUUCAAGGCAACAAUGAAGUGUCCAUGUGGGACAUGGAAACGGGCGACAGACGGUUCACGCUCUGGGCCAGCGGUGCCCCACCGCUUUCCGAAUUACAGCCGUCCCCACACAGCGUUCACGGGAUAUAUUGCAGUCCCGCAGAUGGAAAUCCGAUCCUGUUGACGGCAGGCUCGGACAUGAAAAUAAGAUUUUGGGAUUUAGCGUACCCCGAGCGAUCCUACGUCGUUGCAGGAAAUACAGGCUCCCCAACAGUGUCGUACUACAGGAAGAUCAUCGAAGGCACCGAAGUAGUCCAGGAAAUUCAGAACAAGCAGAAGGUGGGGCCCUCGGACGACACCCCACGAAGGGGUCCGGAAUCUCUCCCGGUGGGCCAUCACGAUAUCAUCACCGACGUUGCUACGUUCCAGACCACGCAAGGCUUUAUCGUGACUGCUUCCAGAGAUGGGAUUGUUAAAGUAUGGAAAUGAAAAGAACCGCACUCAUUUGUAUAGUUGUAAGAAGGAAAUAAAUAUUAUAUUGCAUUUUUUUCUAAA